UAAAACAUUCCUAUUGCAAGCCAUUUGUCGGUAUGUUAUAGAAUUUUAUUAUGAGUGAUAUAAGAUUUGAUUGAUUGUCAUGUGCUUUCUAAUGUAGGUACGCGUAAAUGUCUACAACGAGUGACUUAUCAAGUGGUCCGCCAUUAUGUAAAUGUGGAGUACCUGCACGACUGAGGUACUCUUGGACCUCGUCCAAUCCCAGCAGGAAGUGGUACGGAUGUAUUAACUAUAAGAAAGCCGGCGAUUGUGAUUAUUUUGUUUGGGCUGAUAAUAAAAUGACCGCAUACGAGGAGGGAUUAAUGAAAUAUUUGAAAGGAAUGGAGGAGAGAAGGCUUUCUGAGAAGGACAGAGUCGAUGAUUUGAUUGAUAAAAAAUGCAAGGAACAUGCCGAUAACCUACGUCGAGAGUUAGGGUUGGGCCAGAAUAAUGGCCAAAAUAACGGGAAGAUGUUUAGGGCUGCGUUGUUAGUUGGCAUUUUGGUGUUAGGCAUUUAUUUUAUUAAUUAUAGCGGACCUAGAAGUACAAAGUUGAUGUUAAACUGACAGUUGUAAAAAAAGUUCAAUUGUAUGUUUUCAUUUUGGAUGUUAUGCAUGUAUUUCACCAAGGGCUUCCACUGCAUUU